UCUCAGCCCCAUGAGAUGCGCUGGGUGCCUGCCUCUUGGAGUGGUUGGCAACCUGGCUUCCUGCGACCCGAGGGCCAGGGAUGGAUGGCUGAACCUCCCUCGGUCACAGUGGGAGGGGGGAGCUGUCAGCCCGAGGGAAUGAGCGCACAAUCGGGCCCCUGUCACUCAGGAGCAUUUAUUGAACGCCCACUGUACAGCGAGCAAACUGUACCAGGCACCAUGCAGCCCGUGCAAAGGCGCUGUUUUCUGUCUAACCUGAACAACCAGGUGGCAAAAAUUAGAAGUGCCUCUUUUGGAAAGACUUUGGGAAAGAGUGACCAGCAGUUGGAUUGUGCCUUGGACUUAAUGAGGCGACUGCCUCCUCAGCAGAUUGAGAAGAACCUCAGUGACUUGAUCGACUUGGUCCCCAGCCUAUGUGAAGAUCUUCUGUCCUCUGUCGAUCAGCCCUUGAAAAUUGCCAGAGAUAAAGUGGUGGGAAAGGAUUAUCUUUUAUGUGACUACAACAGAGACGGAGAUUCCUAUAGGUCACCUUGGAGCAACAGGUAUGACCCUCCAUUGGAAGACGGGGCCAUGCCAUCUGCUCGCCUGCGUAAGCUGGAGGUAGAAGCCAACAAUGCCUUUGACCAGUACCGAGACCUAUAUUUUGAAGGUGGUGUCUCCUCUGUCUACCUCUGGGAUCUGGAUCACGGUUUUGCAGGAGUGAUCCUCAUUAAGAAGGCUGGCGAUGGAUCAAAGAAGAUCAAAGGCUGUUGGGAUUCCAUCCAUGUGGUGGAAGUUCAGGAAAAAUCCAGUGGCCGCACUGCCCAUUACAAGCUGACCUCCACGGUGAUGCUGUGGCUGCAGACCAAUAAAUCGGGCUCCGGCACCAUGAACCUCGGAGGCAGCCUCACUAGACAGAUGGAGAAAGACGAAACCGUGUGUGACUCCUCCCCACACAUAGCCAAUAUCGGACGCCUGGUAGAGGAUAUGGAAAAUAAAAUCAGAAGUACGCUGAAUGAGAUCUACUUUGGGAAAACAAAGGACAUUGUCAACGGGCUCAGGUCUGUGCAGACUUUUGCAGACAAAUCAAAGCAAGAAGCCCUUAAAAACGAUCUGGUGGAGGCUUUGAAGAGGAAGCAGCAAAGUUAAACUAUUCUUCCCGCUAACAAGCCACGCUGUGCACUCACUAGAUUCCUUUCUUAGAGAACUCUGCCUCCGCCUCCCUCCCCCAUGUCACGUAACAAUCCGCUUCCGAGCUGCGCCAUCUCUCCCGUGAAUAAAGCUGUAUAAGCCUUCUCAGUCUGAGACCGACUUUCCACCACAUUUUCCUACAAGACCUUCCUUCUGGGUUUCCAUGGAGACCAUGAGUUGUUGUUGGGUUGGGGUUUUUGUUUUUGAUUUGUUUUUGGGUUGUUUUUUUUUUUGUUCUCUCUUCCCCCAGUGUCCCCAAUCCAUUUAUAGGCAUCAAACACAGUCCAUCUGUCUGUCCAGGCCUGCCCUCCCACCUUUUUGUUACAUUGGUGUAAAAAAUGUAAAACAAAAAAAAUUUAUGAAAUA